AUGUCUGGCAAUAGAGACGGUGAGAUGAGAGAGGCAUGGCCUCCAAGAAAUAUGGCCGAUCUUUUGUUUACAUUUGGAUGGAAGACACCGAGAGAAAUCAAUAACAUGUCCAACGAUGACAAGAAGAAUACGAUAAUCGUCGAAUUGAGGAAAUUGAUGGGAGAAAGUGUGGAAAGACUGCAGGAAAAGAGUUACGAUGGAAUCGUCGAUUUGACUGCUCUUGUUGUUCUUUGUCACAAAAAUGAAUGGCUACCUCGAAAGAACAUGUCCACGUACGAAAUCAUGAACAAGUGCAUGUUCGAACUGGAGAAGAAAGGCUACGGAAGUGUGUCCGAUUUGCUAAACCAGAACAUGAGAUCUCUUGUCGACAAGACAUGCAACUGGAACGAGAAGAAUAACGGUCUGGGAAAAGUGAUCGACAUAAAACUCGACUAUCCACGUGCAAAACUCGCCUACAAACAACCGGACAUCAUCGGCGUCGGCUACUACGACAAUUUGCGUUCGAGUCAAGAGUUGUACGGCGAGUACACAUGGACCCGAACACGAGCCGACGAGCACUCGGUCAGCUUUUCGAAAGAGACCCACUGGACGGUGAAUGUGGCUACGGGAGUGAAGUUCGAGUUGAAGAUUCCGCUCAUCGAGAAAAGUGAACUGUCAUUAACGGUCACUAGUGGAGGCGGAGCCAAAGAAACUAUGAACACGACAGACAAAACUGUGAAAACCGAGUCGUUCACGCUGAAAAACGUCGUCAAAGUGGCGCCAUAUAAAGAUUUGUAUAAAGCUUUUGUGGUUGAUGUUUAUGAGAUGGACAUUCCAUUCACGAUGAUCAUCGAAACGAAGAGCAAUGAAAGGAAAACAGUCACUGGAACUUAUCAUGGCACAAGCGGAAUCAACGAACGGAUUGAGCAAAAAUCCGGGAGCGAAAUUUCUCAAGCCGAAAAAGGUCGACCAGGCAUGAUUCAGUUGAUGAGUCAGAGGCCUCAACAAGCUUCAGCAGAGUCGAAUCUCAGCGAGAGAGAAGUAUUCGCUCAAACCGUUUGGGGAUCAGCUCAUUGGCAACCGUAUGAGGCGUGGAUUUGGGUGGCAUGGGUGAUCAAGAAUCGAGCCUUUCAUAACAAGCCGUAUUGGGGUGGAAAUUUUAUCAAGGGAGUUUGUCUGAAGCCAGGGCAAUUCCUUUGUUGGAAUGACUCGAAUCGGAGACAUGGGAUUCACAUCGACAACCCGGCUCAUUAUGCAAAGAUCAAAGAGCUCACCGACAACAUCUACUAUCAGCCGAUGAGCGACGAUCCAACCGGAGGAGCCGAUUCUUUCAACAAUCCGAAUACUCAUGGUCAACCAGAGUGGACGAAACGAUGUGAUAAACUCAAAACAAUCAAUGACUACAAUUUUCUUCGAACUAAACGACAAUUUUUG